UGUGUGUUGUGUGGUGUGGCUUGCUCGCGGCCAUGGCGGUUGCCGGCUCGCUGCUGUGCACGCGAUUGCUGCUGGUGAGGCGGAGGCGGAUGUGCGCCAUGGCAAGCGAUGCGAGCGAGGCGAUUGAAAGGGCCCCGGUGGACAAGAGCCUGGCAGCGCCGCCGCCCAGGACGAAAGAUCCCCUGCUCACCAUGACCAACUUCAAGAAGGUGCUGGCCAGCAAAGGGCCGAUUACAGACGUGGACCACUAUGCACGCCUCCAAGUCCCGUGGCAAGCACCCACGUCUCAGAUUGCUGCUGCUUUCAAGGAGCGAGUGGACGAAGUGAUGGCUCUCAAGGAAGACGGCUGGAGCGACGAUGCAAUUCGCGAUCAGCUGCAACAGCUCCAGCAAUCCUUUGACGUAUUAACCUCGGAGCGGCAGCGGAGGCUGUAUGACUGGAGCAUUCUCCAGGAGAAGAACAAGAACAAACGCUACGUCUGGCCUUACGAGGCGGACAUCACCCAGAAGUACAGCCUCCCGGAUCCACCUGUGGACGAGGAGGACAUGGAUGCAAUCAGAAAGGUGGGCUACUUCUUCCUGGGAUGGUUCGUCCUUUCCAUCUUCCUCGGUGUCUUUCUCCACUAGCUACGAAUCGUGUAAUCUUGUGUAUUUAUCUAUCUCGCCCCGACAUGGAACUGGUAA